AUGACUGGUGCUGCAAUUGCAACCCUUAGGUACUCACUUGAAGUCUCAAAUUUUGCAACUAAAUCACUGUCCAUCCUGCUUUGUACCGUUGCAACAAUCACAGUGACAGCCCUGCUCGGGACAAUGAUUUUCCAUGCUUUUGUGCGAUGGAACCUUUUCCCUAAUGACAUCGCAAUUGCUAUAAGUGACAAAAGGCCAAAAACAGUCCGAAAAUGGUAUCAUCGUAGAAAUGGCAGCACGGAUAUUAAAGACAGCGAACAGUACCUCAAGUUUACAGACUCAAAUGGGAAAGAUAUCGAGGCUUCUCUAAAAUCUUCAGGUUCAGGUGCCAAGGAGGAAAAUACCCAUGUAUCAGCUUUUUAG